CCAGCACGCGCGUCGGUGGCUCUCUGACCACCAGCUCUCCACCCGCCAGGAGGCUAGCCGUGCAGUGCUGCGAUGGAGUCUCUCCGAAGCCAUGCCUCGGACGCGCCUCACCUGCCCUUGUCCUUUCCGCUCACCUCCAUCCCGCAUCGCUUUGUCGUCAAAGCACUGUGACUGCGCCGGCCCUGCUUUGUUCGGACCCGACCCAGCACUUGCUUAUUUAACGACUCCACAUCUCGGCCGGGACUUGCAGCCUGUUUCUCUCUCCACGACCAGCUGAGUUUGUUUUUCCUCUUCGACCUCGACGGUUAUCAUCCACUCCUUCAUUUUCUCUCUCUCUCUCGCCGCCAUGAUUGUUCGCUUCCCUCUUCUGCUCUUCCUUCUCGCCAAUGUCGCGCCUUUGGACGCCAGCCUGCUAUCUCGAGGCUCUGAGUCGGUCGUACGCGCGGCCACCCGUGCUCAGCAGCGGGGCGUGGGCCUCGUUCGUGAUGUGCGACUUGCAUAUUCGAGCAUGCUCAUUGGACGGUCCGACGACUCGGCCUCGCAGCAGCCAUAUUGCGUAAACGUUGCGUCCAAUGGAUCAUCACUUACCGGAGGAGGCGAUUCUGGAGGAGGGAGCGGAGGCGGCUCAGUGGUCGGGUCUGGGACGGUGCGUCCCUCGGGAACGUCGUCUGCAGUUCCCGCCGCUAGUAGCAGUGCAGCUUUGUCUUCUCCGUGGAAGCUCAAGCAGAGCUACGAGGGAAGCUCCUUCUUCAAUGGAUGGUCGUUCUUCACUAAUACUGAUCCGACUGGUGGAACGGUUGACUAUUUGGAUGGAUCCGCUGCGCAAUCCGCGAACCUGACUGGCGUCAACAGCGCCGGGAACGCCUACAUGCGGGUCGACACCACGCCCGUCGUUUCUGGCGCGCGCAAGAGCGUGCGGAUCACGACUGACUUCACCUACACGCAGGCACUCAUCGUCCUUGACGCGGUGCACAUACCCACUGGGUGCGGGACGUGGCCCGCGUUCUGGUCGAACGGCCCGAACUGGCCCGCUGGCGGGGAGAUCGACAUCGUCGAGGGUGUGAACACGUACACGAACGACCAGGUCACGCUCCAUACGAACACCGGGUGUUCGCUGCCCUCGACGGACGCGAGUACGCUGGGGAUCUCGGGGACGCUGGUUAGUAGCCAGGACUGCUCGGUGUCGGGCACUGGGGAUACCGGAUGUGGCGUGCGAUCUACUGCGACGAACUCGUUCGGACCUGGGUUCAAUUCGAUGGGUGGCGGUGUCUAUACGAUGGGGUGGGACGAUAGCGGCAUUACUGUCCACUUCUUCCCUCGCAGCUCCAUCCCGAGCGACAUCACCUCAGGCGCACCCAACCCAUCGGCAUGGGGAACGCCCAUCGCCAGCUUCCCCUCUUCCUCAUGCAACACGACGGAGUUCUUCUACGACCACUCGGCUAUCUUUGAUACGACGCUCUGUGGCGCUUGGGCCGGAGAUGGUUGGGCCUCCACCGGUAUACCUGGGCAGGAGACCAGCUGCGCUUCGAUGACCAAUACAGCGACGUGCGCAGACUACGUCCUGAAUAAUGGUGCGGCGUUCAAUGAAGCAUACUGGGAAGUUAAGAGUGUCAAUAUCUACCAGAAAAGCUGAAGAGUUCCCCUUGUAAUGCUGCGACGUACAUCUUCUCCCAAUCUCACCUUCUUGUGGACAUGUAUCCUACGACGUUAUUGUAUCCCUAGCUGUUCCACCAUGUAGACUGAAUUGCUGAAGUCAUUUUAACACUGCGCUUUCUGAGUCUCAACGUAUCGCUGGAGGACCGAGGUUAUCUCGAGUCAGCAAAGAGGCAUGCACGACGCGAGGCAGACGCAC